UGGGGGUGGUGGCUGUGGAGCGGAGGUGGGUCUCAACAGCUAUAAAGCCUCUCUGUGCCCGUUCAGAGCCGGUGAGGACAGCCUGCCAGAAUCUGGAGUAGAAUCACGGAAUGUUGGAAAGUGAGGCCCAAGAAGGGGGCCGAGUCCAAGUCCAGGCGUGAGGAAGCUGCCCGGACAUGGAGCGAACGAGGAGCAGGAUUCAGUGCCCCCGCCAGGCUGCCUCCAGUUGGCCUGCCGUAUGACGCCCCCCCCAUGUGGCAGGUCUCCUGACACCAUGGGCACUCGAUUCCUCCUGGCUCUGUUUCUCGUCCUCCUGGUACUGGGAUUCGAGGUCCAGGGGGCCUAUCUGCCCCAGCAGGAAGAGUCGGCCAGCCCGGCCUUGCUUACCCAGAUGCAGGAAUCACUCUCCAGUUACUGGGACUCAGCAAAGGCAGCUGCCUCCAGCCUGUACCAGAAGACAUACCUGCACACUGUAGACGAGAAACUCAGGGACAUGUACAGCAAAAGCACAGCAGCUGUGAGCACUUAUGCAGGCAUUCUCACUGACCAGCUUCUUUCUAUGCUGAAGGGAGAGGAGUGACGGCUAUAUUCCCAGUCUGUGGGUGAGGGGAGAGUCCCCGCUCCCCUGGACCCCCAGGUUCAGACCGAGGCCCCAUUCCCAGCAGCUCUUGCGUCACGCUCCCGCCUCUAGCCUGAAUUCUUCUCAAUAAAAAACAAUUCAAGUUC